AUGGCUGAUCGAGGAACCUUUGAAGACGGCAUGGGAAGUGGUCGAGCAGAUCUAGGCGUCUCCAGUGAAGAAGGAAUGGGAGCUGGGGGACGAGAUUAUGGUGGCAGCAUGGGCGAGGAGGGAAUGGGCACUGGUGGUCGAGAUGUAGGAAGAUCCACUAGAGAAGAAGGCCUGGACGCCGGAGGUCCAGACACGAGGCCGAAUGAGGAUGGUAUGGGAAAGGGAGGACGUGAUCAAACAGCAUACACUGACGAAAUUGGAUCGGGAGCUCCAGAUCGUGGAAUGGGGAGGGACGAGGUGGUUGAAGGGGAAGGGAGAGGAUUAGGAUCUCAGAGAUCCGGAACAGAUUCAUCCAAGGCAUAUGGCGAGGACAAAGGUGACGACGAGCAGCCUCAGAAAUCAAAACUCGAAAAAAUCAAAGAUAGGUUGUUCAAUACGCCUCACGACCAGACAUAG